UCAGCUAUGGCGGCGCCCCGAGCUCCACACCCUUCUCUUCUCUUCUAAAGAUCCAAUUUUUCUUCGAUUUUGUUGGAUUUUUUGGUUUUCGAGAGGGAAGAGGAUGGAUUCGGACCAGGGGAAGCUGUUCAUCGGUGGGAUUUCGUGGGAGACGACGGAGGAGAAGCUCAAGGAGCACUUCGGGAAUUAUGGCGAGGUCCUUGAGGCUGUAAUCAUGCGUGACAAGGCCACAGGUCGUCCUCGAGGCUUUGGCUUCGUUGCUUUCGCGGAUCCCUCCCUUCUUGAUCGCGUCCUUCAGGACACCCAUUCCAUCGAUGGCCGCACGGUGGACGCCAAAAGGGCUCUAUCUCGAGAGGAACAACAGACUGCAGUGAAAUAUGGCAACUCUGUUGGGGGGAGGAAUGCUGGUGGAAAUAGUGGUGGAAACUUUAGGACCAAGAAAAUAUUUGUAGGAGGGCUACCUCCUUCUAUAACAGACACAGGGUUCCGGCAAUACUUUGAAAAUUAUGGCACUGUGACUGAUGUUGUUCUAAUGUAUGAUCAGAACACUCAUCGUCCUCGGGGUUUUGGUUUCAUCACAUUUGAUUCAGAAGAUGCGGUUGAUCGAGUACUACAUAAGAAUUUCCACGAGGUAUGUGGGAAGCUUGCAGAGGUAAAGCGUGCCCUUCCAAAGGAUGCAAACCCUAACAGUGGUGGUGUUCGCCCUGGUGGUGGUGGAGCAUACCCAACCUAUGGUGGGUCUGGUGGCAACAACAGUUCUUACGAUGCUAGAAUGGAUGGAAACAGGUACAUGCAACCACAAGCUGCAAGUGGUGGCUUUCCAGGAUAUGGUUCCUCGGGCUAUGGUGCUCCUGGGUAUGGAUAUGGGGCAGCAAACAAUGGUGUUCCCUAUGGAGGUUAUGGUGUUGCAGGUUAUGGAGGUGGCGCUGCUGGAUAUGGUGGACCUGCUGGGGCCUAUGGCAAUCCAAAUGCCCCGCCGGGUGGUUAUGCAAGUGGUCCACCGGGUGGCCCAAGGAGUCCAUGGGGAAGUCAACCUCCAUCUGCCUACGGAGCAGCGGGAUAUAGUGCUAAUGCACCGUAUGGAGCAGCUUGGAAUGGUCCUGCGGGUAGUGGCGGUGGUGGGGCUGCACCCACUGGUCAGUCUCCUACUGGGGCCUCUGGCUAUGGGAGUCAAGGUUAUGGUUAUGGCGGCUAUGGUGGAGCAGAUGUUUCCUAUGGUGGUCAUGGUGGAUAUGGGGCUGUUGGUGGGCGUGGUGGUGGUAGCGCCACCAUCCAUCCUGGUGGAGGCGCUGGAGAACAAGGGUCAGGUUACAUGGGUGGUGGCUAUGGUGACCCUACUGGUGGCUCAGGUUAUUCUAGUGCUUGGAGAUCUGAUCCUUCACAGGGUGGUGGUUAUGGAUCUGGUCAGGUAAAUGGUCCUGCAGGUGGAGGAGCUAGUUAUGGCGGUGGAUAUGGUGGUGCUCAACCCAGACAGGCGCAGCAGCAGUGAUAGCAAGGCUUGUCUCAAAAGUUCAGCAUUGCUGUUUCACUCUUGCGGAUAAAAGCGGAUAUGAGAACUGGUUGGAAUGCUUGAAUCUCAGUAGUUAGUCAUUGCAGUCUACUUUGGUUAUCAUAUAAUAAUUGUUCUAAGUAAUCUAGAUCUUUCGUGGUUUUUUAAGAUCUUAUACCUGGCCUGUUUGGGCACGGUUUCUUUCUUUUCUUCUGGAGUUUAUCCUCUAAGCUGAUGCGCCACUGCUAUAGCUAGAGUAGAUUAUAUCUGUGGUUGUCUUUGCUGGUGUGGUUUUGUACUGUAGUUCAGCUCAAUGUGACCAUUAUUUGUUUGUGUUCUGUUGC